CGGCUCGGGGCUGCCAGCGGCGCUGCCAGCGGCUGGCCCCGGCUGCGGGUCUCGUGUGUGCACCCCCCGCCCGCCCCCCGUGCGCUCUCGGUCCCUCCCUGGGAACAGGCGCUGCCCACCCAAGGAGGCGACCGGCGCUCCUGCCCCGCUGCCGCUCGCUUUCUCUCUCACACACAGACACACACAUACAAUACAAUACACACACACACACCCGUGCGUGCGCCUCUCGCUCCCGCACUGGAGUCAGUGCUUGUGCCUGCAGGUUGCUCAGACCUGAAAUCUAAGGGAAAAGCUCAGCGUUUGCGUCGCUGCUCCUGCCGCCGGUGGUGGUAGCGGUGAAGAGGAGAGAGGGUUGUGGGGUUUUUUUUUGCUCGGUGGCUUUUUUUUUUUGGCCCCCUUGAAUUCAAUGGAUCUGAACUUGGAGCCUUUAGACCUCGGCGGUAUUGGAAUAUCUACAUGCUGAUCAUCUUUGUUGUGACACAUCAAGUCGUUUGGGGAAACCAUCCGAAGACAGCAAGAUGUUUCUCGUUCUCUUGUACUUCGCUUUGCCCUUAGUGGAUGUACUCUUGUCUGCAGAAGUGAGCGCGCUGCCUGGAGGGGACCGCCUGGACUGCGUGAAAGCCAGCGAUCAGUGUCUGAAGGAGCAGAGCUGUAGUACUAAAUUCAGGACACUGAGGCAGUGUGUAGCCGGCAAAGAGAGCAACUUCAGCCGGGCCACGGGCCUGGAGGCGAAGGAUGAAUGCAGAAGCGCCAUGGAAGCUCUCAAGCAGAAAUCCCUGUACAACUGCCGCUGCAAGAGGGGCAUGAAGAAGGAGAAGAACUGUCUGCGCAUUUACUGGAGCAUGUACCAGAGCUUGCAGGGGAAUGACUUGCUUGAAGAUUCCCCUUAUGAGCCAGUUAACAGCAGACUAUCAGACAUAUUCAGACUAGCACCAAUUGUAUCAGUGGAGCCAGUACUUUCAAAGGGGAACAAUUGCUUGGAUGCAGCCAAAGCUUGUAACCUAAAUGAUACCUGCAAGAGGUUCAGAUCUGCUUACAUAACCCCCUGCACCAGCAGCACGUCUAAUGAGAUCUGUAACAAGCGGAAGUGUCAUAAGGCCCUCCGGCUAUUUUUUGACAAGGUCCCCCCAAAGCACAGCUACGGGAUGCUCUUCUGCUCCUGUCGAGACGUAGCCUGUACAGAAAGGAGACGGCAGACUAUUGUUCCUGUGUGUUCAUAUGAGGACAGGGAGAAACCAAACUGCCUGAAUUUGCAAGAGUCCUGCAAGAAGAAUUACAUCUGCAGAUCUCGCCUUGCAGAUUUCUUCACAAACUGCCAGCCUGAGUCACGCUCUGUUAGUAGCUGUCUGAAGGAGAACUAUGCUGACUGCCUGCUCGCUUACUCGGGGCUCAUUGGCACCGUGAUGACACCCAACUACAUCGACUCCAGCAGCCUCAGCGUGGCCCCGUGGUGCGACUGCAGCAACAGUGGCAACGACAUAGAUGAAUGCCUGAAAUUUCUGAAUUUCUUCCAGGACAACAUAUGCCUUAAAAAUGCAAUUCAGGCCUUCGGAAAUGGCACUGAUGUGAACGUCUGGCAGCCAAUUUUACCAGUACAGACCACUACAGCCACAACUACAACAGCUUCCAGACUUAAAAACACAGGGUCAGAGACCACCAACAACGAAAUACCCUCCCACAAUGAUUCACCAGCAUGUGCAAACCUGCAGGCACAGAAGAAGCGAAAAUCCAACGAAUCUGUAGAUACAGAGCUCUGUCUUAAUGAGAACGCUCUGGGGAAGGACAACACAGCGGGAGUCUCCACCAGUCACAUAUCCGCGGAGAAUUCCCUGGCUCUUCCUACCAGCUUCUGUCUAAGCACACAGCUCACCCUGAUGGCACUUGCACUCUCACUCUCUUUGUCCCUAAGCUCAUCAGUCGUCUUAUAGGCAUUACAAAAGGACGUGUUAAAAGAAAAAAAAAAAAAAAAAGUUAAAAAAAAAUAAAUCUGUUUGCUGUCCUCUGUUGUUUAUCUGGAAUUCCAGGUCUGGGAGCUAAGAUGAGGCACUCCUGCUAGAACAGUCUCAGUCAGCUGGAAUUUUUUUUUUUUUUUUCUCUCUCUAAAAAAAGCUUCUUGUGAUAUUUAGAGGCUUUGUGAAAUACUUGGUGCAGUGCUACAUUCCAAACCCAAAAGGCUUUUGGGCAUGCAGUGUUUUAAAGAGACAGUGUGUAAAUUUGCCUGUAAAGCGACCUGGUUGGAUUAUUUUAAUAAUUAUUAUUUUAAUUCUGGCUUUUACCUGAGAAAGAAGAUAAUGGUUUUCUUAAAAUCUUGUUUAUCUCAUUGAAUGAUUUUGGUUUUCAAAUUGAUUGAACUUCAGACUAUCAAGGAUGCCAGGCUUUUGUCUAAUGGUGAAUGUUCUCCCAGAGAGUGGACUUUAUGAAACUUCUUCAUUUGAUAAAUCGCUACUGAUGUUAAACUCUUUCAGUGUGUUAGCAUUUUCCUCUUUAAAUGUUUACGUACUGUAAGUGAUUCUGCGUUCCCUGCUGAGAAGCCAUUAUAAUUCACAUACAGGUAUAAUGUAUGUCUUUCAGUUAAAUUCUCAUCAAAGUAGAGUGUGGCGUAGAACCUUCUAACAGUACAUUUAUCGUUUAAUUAUAAUCAUCUAGCCUUAACAAGAGUGAAGAUUCUUUACAUUAGCAAGAUGCAGCCAUUGUGAAAGCUUGAUAAAGAUACAUUUCUUUAAAUAUGAGGAACAAAUUUUGCUACAGGGUUUCAGCUGUACAGUAUAUGGUCUUCUAUGCUUCCGUUGUGAUAAUAUAGUCAGUUAUUAUACUCUUUGUUUAAUAAAAAAUGACAUACAGUUUAA